UCUUAACAACGCUGCUAACCUUAAAUUAAGACAAAAAAGCAUUUAUAUUUUUAUGGACAAUUUUGCCUUUGGCCCUGACAACUAGUGGAAACCCAGUAUAAUGGAUAAUCAGUGGAUCGUCACUAUCAGGGGUCAUUUGGACGUCCAUUUAAAUAGUUACGGUUAGGGCAUAGAUAGAACAAUGAGAGGUUUAGUUAAUCUUUGGUUAGGGUUUAGGGUAGGGCCGUCCCAAGGAUCUCAGAUUGCACCGACCAAAACGUGGCCUUAGCCAGCUACUUCCGCUUUCUUGUCACUCCCCCUCCGCAGCUUCCUGGGGCUGACCCUGUAUUCACGCUUGAAACCAACAACACAACCGCCUCCUCAGGGACACUUGUUUUGUCAAUCCAGUUUGUUUGCUAGACUCGUCGUAGCUGUUGCCUGGAGGACCGCUGGCCAGUCCACAGCCACUGGCCAUGGAGCACGGAAGCGGGUUUUCAUUCAUGAAGUAUGGGACUGCAGCGUCCCUCGCAAUGGUUCUGCUGGCGUACUGGUUCCGAUCUCCAGGGGAGUCAGGACUAGAUAACAGGCUUGACACGGUGCUGUCCUCCCUACUGCGGGCUGAAAGCAAAGUGGGGAUGAACAACGCCAGACCCAGGGUGGCGAUAGGUUUAGGGGGUUGUGUUGACGUCAUCGUGGAUGGGGUGACGUUGCUGAAUAAGAUCGGCCUGCCGCCCACAGGCCAGCCUCUCCACCAUGACUACAUAGAGACCGCUGAUCAGCUGGCACAGAGCUUCGCUUACUUCUUUGCCCCGGGAGCCGCCUCAGAGCGGUUUGUGAUAAAUGACACCUUGUUCAGUCAGCUGGUCGAGGCAUCCCGUGAGUUGCCCGACAACCGCUGGGCCAUAGGUGGCAACGCUCCGGUGAUGGCUGGUCGCAUGGCAACCGAGGGCUGCGACGUGUUGCUAGGGGGGAGCUUCAGCCCCGACUUCGCUGACAUACUGUCCCAGCACAUCACAGUUGCAGGUAAUGUGGUGGAGGAGCCUGAUAUCCAUCUGAUCCUGGAGUACCCAUCAGGAGCCACCUGGGGCCAGUACACCGCCCGCAGAGCCAACAGGUACAUAGUCCACAGUGAUGACCAUAACCCGUACCUGGCGUCGCUUCAGGACUUUGAGGUGAAGCUACAGGACUUCCACCCUGACCUGCUGGUGGUGGGCGGGCUCCAGAUGAUGGACAGCUUCCCCUUCCAACAGGGUGAGCGGGAAGCACUGCUCUCUCGGCUGGGCAGUCUCCUCUCCUCCUCCUCCCCUCGUACAGGCGUCCAUUUUGAGAUGGCCAGCUUCGUGGAUGAGGGUCUAAUGGGGGACCUGCUGCGUCUGGUCCUGCCCCACGCUGACUCUCUGGGGAUGAACGAGCAGGAGCUGCCCAACUUGCUCAGCCUUCUGAGGGGCUCCAACAUCACCGUGCUCUCUGACCCUAACCCUCGCGUUGCUACCGUCCUCGACCAGAUGAGGGCGCUCUACCGCCUGGUCAACCAGCGCUACCGCGACGCUAAUGAGGAUAGCGACAUGGGCGCUUACGCCACUAGUGCCAAAGGCCGGCCGCUGACCCGGCUCCACGUACACACCCUGGCGUUCCAGGCCAUGAUCGUGACGUGCGGCUCCCAGUGGAAGAACACCAUGUCUGCUGUGGCCAAGGCCUCGCUCACCGCCAACCGCCACGUGUGUGGCUCGCCGGACAUCGACCCCAGCAAGGCGCGCCUCAUCAUGGACGAGUCGUUCUCGGUGAGUAGUAAGGAGGGCAGCCAGCGGAUCCCUCUAGAGGAGACCAGGCCCGUCAGCUGCUGGGACGAGGAGGACUACGAGAUCUGUGUGGCGCCUGUCCUGGUGUGCACCGAGGUUUACCAGACGGCCGGGGGAGGGGACAACAUCUCUGCCGCAGGACUGGUGCUGCAGAUCUGAGCCAUUGAUAGCGACGAACGGCUAACUCUGACUAAGCGUUAGCUUAACAGGGGCUGCCAACUCUGCUCCGGGGGGGUGGUGCACUCUUUUGCUCCAGCCCUAUUCUAACACACUGAAUUCAACUAUACAAGAUCCUCAUGAGUAUCUGAUAGGUAGGUCCAGAGCAAAAGCCAGCACACCUCGUAGCUCUCCACUAGGAUUGGCCCCCUAGGAUUCACCGCUAGGCUAACGCGCCAAAGGGUAACACAGAGAGCUAUGAUAGCUGGCUCACUCUCUGGAGCUCCACAGACUUCUUGAAUAAAUUCCACGUGUGUUUUAAGUCAGUAAACCGAACGGACAGAAAGACAGACAACCCUUCCCAUAACAUGUGAAGACUUUAGGCAUUCUGGUUUUAGGUGUGUUGAUUUUUGGUUUUGAUUGUUUCAUGUUGUGUUGCCGGUGCAAUGCUAACACAGGGUCCAGUGUGUCUGUGGCAGGGCCUGCUCCUCUUCUCUCUCUCUCUCCUUUUAUCUCCUCUCCCCGCUCUCCUCCUGAGCUCAUUUCUCUCCUGUCCUCUCUGAGCAGUAUGACGCGGGUGAGACUCACACACUCCAGACUUCUAUACUUCCUGUCAAACAGACCGUGUCAAGACAGGCAGCUCGUUCUCUCAUUCCGUCAGAAAAUGGAACACAUCUAAUAAUAAUACUACCCAUAAACCCCCCUGGGAU